CAGGCCGUGACGCUGCCAUCGAAGUACUAGCAGGAACCCGACUAAGUUAUCAGGGUUAGGUAGAGAAAAGUACGAAAAUCAUCCGCUGCUACUCCACAACACUGAGACAAAUACUUAUAUCAACACCAGGCGUCCAAGAUGCUGUUUCUCUCGGUCUUGGUGACUGUGAUGGCUUUGUGUUCUACUACUGCUACGAAUGGCGAGAAGCUACAGACCGUCAGGCAACCUGCAGACGCGGGGGAAAAUGACUGUAUACACCCUUCUCAAAUCACUGGGAACGAGCAGGAAGAUGUUAAUAUAUGCAGCGAGGAAUCAGACUCACUUGUGAUUGAUAAAGAGCAGCGCACCAGUGAAGAUGAAAGUAAAAGGGGUAGCAAAUCCUUUUUCGGGAUGCCAAUGAGAGAGGGAAGAGAUGCUGAGAAGAAAGGGGUAAAAACAUUCUUUGGAAUGCCAAUGCGCCAGAAUAGGGGUACCAAGACAUUCUUUGGUAUGCCAAUUCGUCCAUAUCGGGCUCCGGCUCAGAAGAGAAAGUCAUUUUUUGGUAUCCCGCAGUUCUCUGGUCGGUCUUAUGUUGACCAGGAGGAUGACGGCACUGUUAGAUCUGAGAGGAAGUCAUUUUUUGGUAUGCCUGAUAUAACCGGGCGUUCUUUCAAUGACGUCGGUGAUGAAACUGUGAGAGAAGAAAGGAAAACAUUCUUUGGCAUGCCAUUAGUAGCAGGUCGCUCAUAUGAUGAAUUUGAUGAUGAUGAUGAUGACAUUGGCGAUGACGGUGAUGAUGGCGAGGAUACUGUGAGAGAAGAAAGGAAAUCUUUUUUCGGUAUGCCAGAGAUAGCAGGAAGGGCCUAUGAUGACACAGAUGAGGAUAUAGCUGUAAAAGAAGAACGAAAAUCGUUUUUUGGUUUACCAUCUGUUGCAGGUCGGGCUUACAAAGACGAUGCAGACGGAACGGUGAUAUCAGAAAGAAAAUCAUUUUUUGGCUUACCAUCACUGGAAGGGCGUUCAACUGAUAACGAAGAUAGUGACGACAGACCGGACUCUGAGAAAAGAAAGGCUUUUUUCGGUAUUCCAUCCAGAGAAGGACGAGGUGAGGAUAUUACAAUUGAUGAACGUGCUUCAAAAAGUUUCUUUGGGGUGCCUGCUAGGAUUUCAAGGUCAGUAGAUAUGGAAGAGUUGUACAACUACAUCACGCACGUAGACGAUAAUGAUGUGGAAAAACGGAAGUCAUUUUUUGGCAUGCCCUCCGUUGAAGGACGAGGAAUAACAGAUGAAGAAAUACAAAUGCAGGAACGAAAAGCUUUCUUCGGUAUGCCAUCUAAAUCCGGCCGUUCGGCUUACGCCAUUGUUGACCCCAACGACCGAGACCGACGUUCUUUAUUCGAUGAUGUGGAUAGCAGUGAUGAUGCACAUGAAGCAAACAGUAUCGUCAAACGAGAAAAUCUGGCCCACUUAUUCAGUCGAGGAAAGGUUUAUGCUGGAAUGCCUUUAGCAGCCGGAGCUCGCAAUUAUCGCCACAAACCGUCAAAGCGAUCAACAAUGAGCGGAUUGCCAGUACUCAACCAUGUCCAACAGCGUUCCGCAAGUCGCAGAAAAUAUUAUCCUGGUAAACUUACUGCUUUCAGACGUGGCCGACCUUCCAAGACUGCAGCUGCAUUGUCUGGAAAGCUGUUCAUGGGAAUGCCAGUUCCGGAAUUUUAA